AUGAUAGCCACGAUUUGUUGGACUAUAUCCCCUUCUGUCCCUCGGCUGCCGCUGGUUCUUCUUUCAGCAAUCUCUCUCUCUCUUGAUAUUAGAGUUUUCAGCUCAACAUCCAGAUGGCUUUGUAUAGGCGCUUAUCUCCGACCGGCGCUGACGAACGACCAUCAGCAAAGACCCAAGACGACACGGCGCCUGCUGACCUCCGCGGAAGUUCCGCCCUGGUAUGGCCACAAUGCCUUUAUCUGUACUGGCUAUCGCCCCAUUACCGGUUCCGUUAAGCUGUGCUUUGAGAGUCUAGGAUACGUUCACAAUGAAACAGCCAACAUCUACACUCAUCUGGUGCCCGUGGUGAUCGCUGUUAUAGGCAACUAUGGUCUACAUGUAUAUUUCAGCUCCCACUAUCCUAAUGCAUCAUGGAUAGAUCAGUUGGUGUUUCACAUAUACUUAUUGACGUCUACAUACACGAUCUUAUGGGCGCGGUUGGAUUACACUAAUAUCGUUGUCCAGAUCCUGGCAUCUUUUGUUUCCGGCAUUUACAUAUGUUUCUACUGUGAACCUAACUUACAAAAACUCUACUGGACAAUGAUCGGCUCACUAGGAUUACUGACUGGUAUUGUGGUUGUGAGUCCCAGAUUUCAGAGUCUCAAGUGGCGGAUGUUACGGGUCUGUACUUUUGUCACUACUGGCUUCACUGCUUUUGUGCCUAUUCUACAUGCUGCGACAAUCUUUCUAUGCGCUCAGCUUGAUAAGCAAGCUGGUCUCCGCUACUAUUAUCUUGAAGGCGUCGCAAUAUUGACAGGAGUAUUCUUUUAUGUUACCCAUCUUCUGGAGUCUCGAAAGCCCGAGAUAUACGAUAUUUGGGGUGCCUCUCACCAAAUAUUUCACAGCUUCAUGGUGCUAGGAGCUAUAAUACACUGA